AUGCUCCACAAAAGCGGCAUCAUCGUGCCUACGCUGGAGCUCGAGCGGAACGAUGAGAAAUUGGUGCAGAAGCUUGCAGCUACUCUUUUACAGCAAAACCUAGACCAAUAUAGCGAUCUGGCAGUCACGAAUGAUGGCCACCCGGAUUCUCGAUCAUGGGCCGCUAUUCAAAGACGUGAGGGGAUACGAGUUUUCAAGGAAAGCACUCGUCAACAACGGCAGCAGAUCACGUCUCAGGCAGCUACUGGGAAUAGCAACGUGAAGACUGCAAAGGUGCCUCCAUCCUUGUUACUGGUGGGGACCGUCAAGGGCAGUCUUGACGACUUAUUGUACGCCACGGCGGCGUCCUCAACCGAGGCGAUGCUGACCAAGUCCAAGUUUAUUAACGAUGGCGUUGUCGCCUCCAAAGUGCUGGCUCGGAUCAUUGAGCCUUCAAUGGCAGAUCCGUUGCACUCCUCAAUGUGA